AUGUCAAUAAACGAUAUCGAAAGAAUCGAUGAAGACCAAGAAUACUGGGAAACGAAUGAAGAUCAGUGGCAAACAGCAACGGAUGACGAGACGUGGGAAAAUCAAAAUACAUUUGAUCAAGUUGAGAAAUUUAAAAUCAAAGUGAAAAAUGAUAUAAAAAAUGGCAUUAAAAACGAUAUUAGUUUGUAUAGAAUAAAGCAAUUGAUAUUAGAGAAACUAAAUGUAAAUUCAUUAAAUAGUGUUGAUGAAAUUUAUAUUAAUCAUAAAUAUGUGAAAUAUUGUCUUCAAUCAUGGAACGAUGAACAAUUACCAUCAAUACUGAAUGAAAUAAAAGAAAAAAAGGAUAUGGAAAAAUUAAUUGAUAAUGUAUCAAAAGUAAAAACAAUCCAAGAUGUAUUGAAAUUAUAUCCGAAAUCAAAAUGUUUUCAAAUGUUAAUGGAAAACAAAGAUUUACUUUUGAAAACAGAUUGUGAUUUUAUUUUGAUACAAUUUAAAGAAAAUAUUAUUAGUUGUUUGAAAGAUAAUAUUGAUAAUACUGAACAACACAAUGAAUUAUUAAUUGAAAUAGAAAAUAAAUUGAGAAAUUUAUUAUCGAUUCAUGAAAUUCAUAAAUUUGCUAAUAAAGAUGAAAUUAAAUCAAUUUCGUAUAUACAAAAAUUUUUAAUUGGACAAAUCUCAUUAAGUGAUUUUAGUAAAAAUUUUGAUGAAAAUUUUAAAUCAACACAAUUAAUUCAAGAAGAUAAACUAACAAUUGAGAAAAGAACGUUUAUUGAUCAGAUUCUCAAUAAACUUAAAUGUGCAUUUAAAAAAUUUGUAGAAACAAAUGAAACAAAACUAAUUACUUCAAGUGUUCAACAAAUUAAAAAGAUAAUUGAUUUUGGUUUAACAUCAGUGGAAUUUGAAAGUCUUGAAAUUGAAAAACGAAAUAUUCUUAUAGUAAAAGGAGUUUAUAUUUCACUAAAUUAUAUAUUGACAACAUUGGAAGAAAACUUAAAAAAUUCAGUUGAAGUUUGGUUAAUGGCAUCAGAAAAUUUGUUUAUUGAUUGCGAUAUAAAAAGUCAAAUAUGGCGUGGAAAAAAUAUGGCAAUUUGUGCAAAACAAAUAAUUAUUAUAGACAAGAGAAUAAUUGAUGUUUCAGGAUUAAAUGGUCAACCAGAAAAUAAGCCAUCAAAAGCAGAAAAUGGUAAAAAAUAUGGAACUGAAUCGGAUAAAAAUGGAAAACAUGGUCAAAAUGGUAUGAAAGGUGAAAGUGGAGGAAAUAUAACAAUUAUAUCUGAAACAAUUGAAAAUGGAAAUAAUUUAGAAAUUAAAGCAAAUGGUGGAAAUGGAAGUUAUGGACAAGAUGGUGGUGACGGUGUAGAUGGUGAAAAAGGUGCAGAUGGUCAUGGAUUAGAAAUGGCCGAAUUUAAAAGAAAUUUUCCACCAGCAGCAAAAAUGACCGGUAGACAAUCAAUGGGAAAUGUAAAAAGAAUUAUCGCUUAUAUAGAAGAAAAUGCAACAAUUACAAAAAAUAAAAAAUGGGGAGAAACUUUUGGGAGUCACGCACAAGCAUGUCAUUAUAUUGAAGCUGAAACAGCACAAGGAAAUCGUAUUUUUUUUUCCUAUUAUUGGACAAUAUUUCCAAUAAUUUCAAAAGAAGCUUAUUGUUUCUACGAAGGAACAUUUGGUAAACCGGGAACACCUGGCGGUUUUGGUGGACUCGGUGGAUAUGCAGGUGAACCGGGAUUGGCAGGUGACAUUAAAAUUUUAACAAAACCUGGGAUAAAAGCAAACAUUAAAACAAGUGCUAUUGAUGGAAGUCGAAGUUCUGAUGGACAAAAAGGUCGAGAUGGAAAUUUUGGUAAAUCUGGAGAAAAUAAACCUGAUGUUGGUUACAUUGAUUAUGAUAUGUGGAGAGAGCCUCUGUAUUACGAGCCUAAUUGGUAUAAAUUAUCAACUUAUACAAGUAGUGGUGCGCACAGAAUCCGAGAUUCAGAAUAUGAAAACAAAACACAAUAUGUACAAAUUGAGUUAAGAUCAGCACCAGAACCGCCGACGUGUUUAUCAAUAAAUGAAGCAGAAAAACAAAGACAUAAUAAUACGAAAAUAAAAAAACAAGAAGCAACAAGAAAACAUGCAAUUUCAAAUGAAUUAUUAACACAAAAUUAUAAUGAUCAUCAAAGGCAAUUUGCGAUAAGUUCAGUUGAAAGUUUACAAGUUAAUGUUAAUUUAUUUCGAGAACAAAUGUCACGUAUUCAAUCUGAAGAAAAACAAAUUCAAAAAGAAAAUAUUUGUAUUACAAAAUCCUUUAUUGAUGAAACACAUUAUAAAUUAAAUAUAUUAUCAAGAAAAAAAGUUGAAUUGAAUAACAAACCAUCGUUAUUGUCACCAUCAAAUUCAUUAAAUAUUAUUGAAAAAUUAUUAGAAAAAUUAAAAAUAUGUUACAAAGAUAAAAGUGAAGUUUUACAAACACACAUGAUUAUUUUAGAAAUGAACGAA